UUACGGCGAGGUGCGCCAUGUUGUGAUGACGUCUUGGACUUUUAAGGAAAAAUAAGUGUUGCCAGAGGCUGAGGAAUCGGGCAGGACAUUCAAAAGAGGGACAAAAGCGAUCUGAAAUCCAGACGGAGGACGGCAGCCGAGAUGCCGAACUGCGUAGUCAAAGGGUGCAGCAGCAAUUCGACGAACCCGGACUACGACGAGUCGGGCCGUAAGGUCACAUUGCACCAAUUCCCCACGAAGGUGACGCGCGCCGAGUGGAUACAAAUUCUGCGGGACCGCGGCGGCCGCAGCGCUACAUGGGAGCCGAACGCCAACGCCAAGAUCUGCUCGAUGCACUUCGAUGAGUCGGACAUUGACCGGACGGGCCAGUGCGUCCGCAUCAAGGCCCACGCCGUGCCCCUUUAUUUCAACUCGCUCAAACGCAAAUCGCGCAAACGGCCCUCCGAAGAGCAACCCGACGGCCCUUCGCCGCCCUCAAGACCCCAACCGAGCCCCCAGCAGCCCCUCGCCAACAGCAGCCCCCCGAGUCUGAUCCCUAUUAAGACCAACUGCGUAGAGUCGCAGGUCAAGGUCGAAGUCUGCAGUCCGCCCCCACCCCUUCCUCCAAUCCAAGUGAUAGUCAAGCCACCCCCGACUUCUAUGGGGUCUUCAGCGCCUCAGUCGCCACCGGCAGCGACGGCUCCGUUGCCGUCUCCUGAGCACCAGCACAAUCAGAUCUUCAAGAUCUUGGUUGAGAGUGCCCUGCCCAUGGUUAGCAAGGAGGAAUCUAUUGCACCACCCCUGGCGCCAGUCGUUGCAGGGCCACGGCAGGCACCUGCUCGUCCUGUGCAAACUCUGACAACCAAGGCCACCCUCCAGUCCAUAUCGUCACCAAUUUUGGGCUCCAUCAUGCGAGGCACCCCAUUGAGCAAAAGGGAGCAGAUGCUCAAUUCGCCGGCAGUGACCUCCACCCUGGUCGAGAAAUGCAUCCGUCGCUCUAAAAAGUUCCAGGAGCUUGUGAGUGGAGAGAAAGACCCUUCGAUUCUUCGGGGCAUCAUAUCGAAAACGCUUAAAGACGUCAAUUUCUACGAAGCGCUGAAAAGCAACCUGAACUGUGAGAAGGAACGCCAAAUGAAUGAGGAGCGCGAACGUGAACUCAGGGCUGACAUGAUUAUGCAGGAGAUGAAAGCGCUGACCUCGACGACCAAGUAUGCCCUCCAAGAGGCGCAGGACAAUUUCGAGAACUUCUUCAAAAUGGACAUUGACAUGGCCCGCACCAAGGUUAAAAUUCUGCGCAAUGACCUGCAGAGGAAUUACAUGGUCCUAAAUGACAAAUGGGAGCGCAUGGCCCAAAUCAUAGAGGGUGAGAGUCGCAAGUACGAGCCGGUCUCGGUGAUCACCCCUUGUCCUGCGGCCCCACCUCUGCAGCCGGUUGGCAGUAGUGCUGAAAUGUACCUGGCUUCAACUAACGGCCCCGUCAACGCCAAUGCGCCUGGAAUUGCACCCAUGGCUGUCGAAAAGCUGCAGCAGAUGAGCCGGUCGCAAGUGGUUUUGCAGCAGACGGCCGACACGGUUGAGACGGCCGCUGCUGUGGCCAGCAUUCUACAGCAGGACCCUCAACAAAUGGCCGCUGCUCAGGAACCACCCAGAGACUUCAACCCAAAAACCUAUCUUCCAAAGAAACAUAAGGCCAUGUUAAAACUAGCUGAGGAGCAGGCGCACAAGACGACCCCAGGCAUGGAGUUUUAUGAAGAGGACGAAGACACUGUGAGGAAAAAGAUAAAGAUUGAUAUAGAAGGUGCAUGCCUUGCUGAGUAAGCACCAUUGUGAUUGCAACCAGUCCUCAGGAUUAACAAACUACGCGCAGCCCACGCCUGGCUGAUCAUUGAACGUUGUAAAGAAUCCAUCAAUUUAUUAAUUGACCAACACAAUAUUUUCUCCUUAUGCCAGCACAUACUAUAUUUUCUAUGAGGCGACUUAAAAACAAUGAACUGCAAUUUUCAGAGCUCUCCCCUUUUGGUUGUAAGAAUUAAACUGUAAAAGUCUGUUCUGUUUUCCCAAUGUGAAAUCACUGUCCUGAUCUCUCAUACUAAAGUCUUGGAAGCUCAAAUUGCAACUAUGCGCUGAUUUUCUUAUAAUUCUUUUCAGGAAGAAUUAAGAAAAAUCUGUUAAAACUUAUAAGUAAUUUCAUUUUUUUUCCGGAAAGUGUUUUUCGUGGUGAUAAAUUUGAUUCUUGUUAUAUCUACUUUUGGCGUUUAAGAAUCUAGCUUGCAGCUGUUGUUAUGCAAAUAAUUGUAUUCUUUUCCAUCUAGAGAGAAUGAAAGAUGGUCUUAUGUUUUAAGCCCAAUUCUGUGUGAGAAUCUAUUGAGUACUGUCUGUACUAAUUCGAAUUAAAAAGUAAAAACGAGCUUAGAUCGAGGAGUUCCCCAAAUAACUGUAUGUAGCAUAACAUUUAUCAAACAAUAAGCACACAGUGUAUCAUUUGUAUGUUUAGUGAAACACAGAGAGUGUAUCUCAAAACUCCGAAGCUGUUAAUUCUUGUGCCAAUCUGGAAACUUGUUGUCCUUUACUACUGGAAAAGUAAGGAAAUGUCCAUAGAUAUUACCAUAGUCGAUCUUGACAUUAUUGUGAGCGCGUUUUGAGAAUAUACGAGAGUUAAAUCAAAUUUCACUGAAAGAAAAAUGUGUGCAGAUCAGAAGAGCUGUAUAAACGUCAAUAAAACACAGUAUG